AUGUGGCUGCUGCGGUGCAUCUUGCUGUGUGUUUCAUUAUCUCUUGCUCUGAGUGGCCAGCAUAAGCCUGAGGCACCAGGUUAUUCCAGUGUGCUCCACUGUGGGCCGUGGAGCUUCCAGUUUGCUGUAAACCUCAGCCAGGAGGCAACGUCUCCUCCUGUACUAAUAGCUUGGGACAACGAAGGGCUGCUGCACAAGCUGCAGAAUGACUCUGACUGUGGCACCUGGAUAAGAAAAGGUCCGGGCAGCUCCGUGGUGUUGGAGGCAACCUAUAGCAGCUGCUAUGUCACUGAGUGGGACUCCCACUAUAUCAUGCCAGUCGGAGUUGAAGGAGCGGGUGUGGCUGAACACAAGAUGGUUACAGAGAGGAAGCUGCUCAAGUGUCCUAUGGAUCUUCUAGCCCGAGAUGCUCCAGAUACUGACUGGUGUGACUCCAUCCCAGCGCAGGAUAGACUGCCAUGUGCACCUUCACCCAUCUCUCCAGGAGACUGUGAGGGGCUAGGCUGCUGUUACAGCUCUGAAGAGGUGAAUUCCUGCUACUAUGGAAACACCGUGACCUUGCAUUGUACCCGAGAGGGCCAUUUCUCUAUCGCUGUGUCUCGGAACGUGGCCUCGCCACCACUGCUCUUGGAUUCUGUGCGCUUGGCCCUUAGGAAUGACAGUGCGUGUAACCCUGUGAUGGCAACACAAGCUUUUGUUCUGUUCCAGUUUCCAUUUACUUCCUGUGGCACCACAAGACAGAUCACUGGAGACCGAGCAGUAUAUGAAAAUGAACUGGUGGCAACUAGGGAUGUGAGAAAUGAGAGCCGUGGCUCUGUCACUCGUGACAGCAUCUUCAGGCUCCAUGUCAGCUGCAGCUACGCAGUAAGUAGCAACUCUCUCCCAAUCAGUGUCCAGGUUUUUACUCUCCCACCACCCUUUCCUGAGACCCAGCAUGGACCCCUCACUCUGGAACUUCAGAUUGCCAAAGAUAAAAACUAUGGCUCCUACUAUGGCGUUGGUGACUACCCAGUGGUGAAGUUGCUUCGGGAUCCCAUUUACGUGGAGGUCUCCAUCCUUCACAGAACAGACCCCCACCUGGGGCUGCUCCUACAUCAGUGUUGGGCAACACCCAGCACAGACCCCCUGAGUCAGCCACAGUGGCCCAUCCUGGUAAAGGGCUGUCCUUACGUUGGAGACAACUAUCAGACCCAGCUGAUUCCUGUCCAGAAAGCCUUGGAUCUUCCAUUUCCCUCUCACCACCAGCGCUUCAGCAUCUUCACCUUCAGUUUUGUGGACCCUACAGUGGAGAAACAGGCCCUCAGGGGACCGGUGCAUCUGCACUGCAGCGUGUCAGUCUGCCAGCCUGCUGAGACACCAUCCUGUGUGGUAACCUGUCCUGAUCUCAGUCGCAGAAGAAAUUUUGACAACAGUUCUCAGAACACUACUGCUAGUGUUUCUAGCAAAGGCCCCAUGAUUCUACUCCAAGCCACUAAGGACCCUCCAGAAAAGCUCCGUGCUCCUGUAGACUUGAAAGUUCUGUGGGUGGCAGGCCUUUCUGGGACCCUAAUCCUUGGAGCCUUGUUAGUAUCCUACUUGGCUGUCAAGAAACAGAAGAGUUGCCCAGACCAAAUGUGUCAAUAA